AUGAAUCAAGAAAUCUACGAAGAACUGCUCUUCGCAAGAACUUUGAUAACCGACACUAAAGGUGAAUCAAUAUUUCAUGUUUUGAAGGAUUACUUCAUUGAAAAAGCAAUUCCUUUAUCAAAUAUAAUAUCAGUAGCUACAGAUGGAGCACCUGCCAUGACAAGGUGCCACGAAGACGACGUUUCAACUUACGUUCAACAUUUAAAUGCCCUCUAUUCAGAUUUUGAAUCUAGGUUUGAGGAUAUUUUGACUAUGGUAAUACCACCGUGGAUAAUUAAUCCAUAUGGUGACAUAGAAGAAACGAAUGUCAUAAUACAAGAGGAACUGACUGAACUAAGUACAAACGAAGAACUUAAGGUUCAGUUUAAAAACGGAUAUCAGCAAUUCUGGCUCAAUUACCCAUUGAAGAGGGUAGAAAAAGAUUCAGAUGGAAUGAACUAUGGUGUGGCAGGUGAAAUGAAUCUGAUACAGAACUGCACCUUAACAGAACAGCGAAUUACAUCGUUUGAUUGGUGCGUCGAUAAGAUCGGGCUAGCUGUUUGUUCGUCUUUCGAUCAAUCUAUACGAGUUCUUAUCACCACAAAGCUUACAUCUGUAUUGACAGCCAAGACUUAA